AUGUACAGCCGCCACACAACACCGCCUACCUCCUCGUACAGCUACAUUCCUGGUAGUGUCGGAUCAGAUGUCACAUACUACUCGCAAGAGUCUUCACCGGCACCGAACGUCGCCCCUACACCUCCACGAUCGCCCGUCCGCCAGCUUGGACCUACUCUGCUCCCCAAGGUCCGCACCCAAGAUCAGGUGGCUGAGCCUACUGCUGGACCCAUCAGACAUCGCAGGACGACGUCUGCUGCCUCGACCGUGAGCUAUGGAUACAGCCCCUACGCACGACCAGUCUCCAUGCCGCACCGUGAAUCAAGCCCCUACGCCCACAACAACUUGAUCUCGCCCGUCUCCAACAACUCUUGCGACUUCAAUGGCCUGUCCAUGCUCAACUCGCCCAUCACGUUCACACCAUCUGAGGGCCGCCGAGCAUCGUCGUACGCUCCCACACACUCGCGCUCAAGCUCCGUCAAUGCUUCCCGUCACGUGAGGUCCACCUCCGCCAACAGCAUCGAUGAGUCCACCAUCAGCCGCUAUGGCUUCCCCACCUACCGCAACCUCCCCAACUACGUGACCGCCCCAAGCGCGCCCCAGCCGAGCUACAUGCAAUCCCCCGUCGAAUACUCCCAAGUCCAGCAGCCCCCCAGCUACACUGCCACAGCGCUCGACUUCCCUCUGCUGGACUUCGAGCCGGCGCCUGCUGUCCAGUACCCAUCUUACACAGAGCAGCCCAGCUUCGAUGCGUUCCAGCCCGUUGCCACGUCGUCUCUGCUCGAGUACCUUGGUGCCCCCAACCCUUCCCCAUCCCUCGUUCGUCGCGUCACAAGCGCUCCUCGCGGCAUCAACAACCACUUCUGGUGGGACAUCCGCAACCUGCGCAGCUGGGAGGACUUCAACAUGUCUGCUAUCAAGGAGAUCCCCUCCAUUCUUCCUCUCCUCGAGGUCCCAGUCUCCACAUCCUACCUGCCCCAGCCCAUCCGCCAGAACAUGCAGCCAGAGAACGAGUCCGCUCUCCACGAUAUCUGCACCAACUACUACGCCAACAAGGUGAACGCCGCACUCAAGAUCGCCCAGGGCAACAGCCACAUGCAGAUGCGCGCCAUCAAGCCCGCCGCUGGCGCGCGCACGCAGCCUGAGUUUGUCUCGAGCUACCCCUCCGACUUCGAGAAGACCCUCCUCGGUGACGCUCGUGGCCGCGUUGUCGGUCUUGUCAAGUGCUACGACAACUGGAACACCGGCAUGCGCAGCGAGUCGGCACCCAAGCAGGUCCUCUACCUGCAAGGUCUCGCCCACCUGCAGCGCGUCAUGCGCGAGCACGGCUGCCGCUACGGCUUCAUCAUGACCGAGAUCGAGCUCCUCUGCGUCCGCGCAGGCGGCGGCUCUUCCACACCGGACCCCACCACCUUCAACGCCGCCGCCGGCAUGCCCAUCUUCGGCUACCUCGAGCUCUCCGCGCCCAUCUCGCUCUCCACCUCCGGCCUCUCUGCGUCGGGCGACAUCCAGCUCACCGCCUCCCUGGCGCUGUGGUACCUCCACAUGCUCGCCAAGGAGAACCCCUUCGAGGGCAUGGGCACCUGGCGCAUGGAAGUCGGCGGCCCCGCGGCCCUGACGCGCCAAAACCACCUCGAGAAAGACGCGUGGAUCCCCAAGCCGCAGCUGGGCGAGAAGCGCGAGGCCAAGCGCGUCCGCGGCUGGGUCUUCCCCGACGAGCCUCUCAGCAAGUGCGAGUGCGGCAAGGGUCGUCGCGGGAAGAGCGUUGGCUGA